AUGAAUGAAUUUUGUGUAUUAAGAAAAGAUGAAGGGAAAAUAUUGUUUGGGAAUACCUCAAGGGAUUUUACAGGGUCGGAUAAAUCAACAAAAAUAUAUAUACAUGAAGAAUCCAAUAACGAUGUGGAAUUAACUUUUAAUAAUCUGGACGAAAUCCAUGGGGAAAGGGAAUUAAACGAGGACAUUAUUUGUGUUUAUGGAAAUUCUUUCAAAGAUGAGGAAGAAAUAAUAAGUGGUAAAGGAGAGUACAACGUGGAAGAUAAGUGUGGCCAAUUCGGUAUCCUUAAUUUUAAUCAAGUAAAUAUAAAGUCUAUGUUGCGUUUUAUGGCUGAUUGCUGUUCAUUUCUCUGUGCCGUAGGAAUUUGGGGGAUUUUAGAAGACGUUUUACGUAUACUCUCGGAUGAUGAUAAUUAUGUGAAGCUAUACUAUUACUUAAUUUUUACCAUUUUAUUUACUUCCUUCACGUGCACUUUUAAUUUGUACCUAUCGAAACGUGCACAGAAGAGUGUCUACAUGUGUGAGGAUUUGGAAUGCCCUGCCUGA